UUUGUUUGUUUAUUUUACCAUCCUGAUUGCCUUGUCUUUAGUAUUUAUUAGUCUAACGACAACCGAAAUAGCCAGGUCCGUUAUGUUUUAGGGUCCUCUUGAAACAUUUCCAUUGUGUUGCGAGCUAUUUGAAACUGAAUUUUGCAUGCUCAAACUCUAGACCGUGGCAUUAGUGUCUGGAUGACUGUCAGCUGUGGCAUGAAUGAUUGGAGCAAUGAAUUCUGGGAUUUGUAGUUCAAUUUAGUGGCAGAAUUGUAGUUCUCCAGCGAUCUCCAACUGUUAGAUAAAAAAAACAAUGAGUAAAAAAUACCUAUAGAUAAUUGUUGAUUUGGUAAUAACAUUUGUAAUUGCUAGUCUUUAUUACAUGUCAUGUGUAAUUUGUAUCCUUGUAUCCUGUUGAUUUUUAGGUCCAGUGAAAGUGAACGAAGUCAGACGUAAUCAUUUCAAAAAUCCUCGCAACAUCACUAAAGAAAAUAAAAAUGCAGACGCUUCACAGACGGUUCACAGACAAGGUCAAAAACCUGGAGUCAAUGGACAUUACACCUGUUCUGCCUGUGGAAAGAUCUACAAACAUAAAUCAGGUUUUUACAGACACAAGCGAUUUCACACUGGAAAAGGAUUGUUUACGUGCACGCAGUGUGGAAAGGAUUUUCCCGAGAAAGGAAAGCUGGACAUACACAUGAGGAUUCACACCGGAGAAAGACCGUUAACGUGCGCUCAGUGUGGACAGAGUUUCAUACACAAACCAGAUCUUACCAGACACAUGAGGAUCCACACCGGCGAGAGGCCUUAUACAUGCACCCAGUGUGGAAAGAGUUUCAUUGAUCCGUCAUGCUUGAAAGCGCACUCGAAUAAGCACAUCGAAGAGAAACCGUUUACAUGCGCUCAGUGUGGAAAGGGCUUCUUAUAUCAAUUCAUCCUCAAUAAUCAUCUGCUCUCGCACUCUGGAGUAAAGCCGUUCAGCUGCCAUCAGUGCGAUAAAACAUUUGUGCUAGAAAAACGCUUAAAGGAGCACCUUCAAGUUCACGCUGCCGUCAAGCCUCACGUUUGCUUCUGUGGGAAAAGUUUCACAAUAAUGAACAGGUUACAGGAUCAUCAGAGGAUUCACACCGGAGAGGGACCGUACAAGUGUUCACACUGUGGAAAGAGCUUCAUUUACUUUAAAUCCUUGAAAACUCAUGAGAGAAAUCACACUGGGAAAAAGCCAUAACAGUGUCGGAACUGCGUGUGGAAAGAGUUUCUAUUAUUCAGAUUCAGUGGAGAAAGUUCAUACACUCUCAGAAAAAAAGGUACUGAUUUUAAAAUAUUACUUCUAACUUUCAAGGCACUUCAUAAUCUCGCUCCUCAAUAUCUCACUGAACUUCUCCAUAUCUACACCCCUUCUCGUACCCUUAGGUCAGCUAACAACUUCACUCUGGCACCACCUCGCACUCGACUGAGCAAAAUGGGAGACAGAUCUUUUAGCUCUAUGGCUCCUAGGCUAUGGAACUCACUUCCAGUAGAUCUUAGGAGCAGUGAUAGUCUUCACAAUUUUAAAUCA